GUUUUGUUACCCCAGAGCCUCCCGCAAACAGCCUUAUAUAAAGCUUGGCAACCAAAACUCUCUAGUCACUUCACCAUUAGUUGCGGAAUCCACUAACAACGAUAUUCUUUGACUUUUUCAAAAGUUCUGAUUUGUUAAAAAUCAAGUGAAUUAUGGCGCCAGAACGAAGCCAAGAAACGGUCCCUCUUACCAACGGUAGCCUCAACACUAAUGGCCAUUACGUCGAACCGUUGAUAAAACAUCCUCUUCCCGAUAUCGACCGACCUGUUCCGCCGCCAACUCCAAUCACGGCUCAGGCUUCGGGUGGCGGUCGUGAAGUACUCGAAUUCGUUUUUCCCGGCGAUCCUCAUCCGUACACAUACGAGGUCAUCGAACAGAGUUCCCGCUUUCUACUGGAACGGACAAAACAUCGUCCACGAAUUGGAAUCAUCUGUGGCUCUGGACUUGGUGGUCUAGCGGAGUUAUUAAAAGAAAAGGAUGUUUUCCCAUAUGAAGAGAUCCCCAACUUUCCUGCGUCGACUGUUCCGGGGCAUGCUGGUCGCAUGGUAAUAGGGUUACUAGAAGAUGUACCCGUUAUAUGCAUGCAAGGGAGGUUCCAUUGCUACGAAGGAUAUGCGUUGUGGAAGUGUGCAAUGCCAGUCAGAGUGAUGAAACUAACGGGUGUGUCCCAUAUCAUCGUAACGAAUGCGGCUGGUGGACUUAACCCAGCAUAUAACGUUGGCGACAUCAUGCUACUCAAGGACCACAUUAAUAUGCAAGGAUUUGCCGGAGAUAGUCCUUUAAAAGGCCGCAAUGACGAAAGAUUUGGACCACGUUUCCCGGCCAUGAAUAAUUCUUACGACCAGCGCCUACGUCAAAUGGCUAAACAGGUUGCCAAAGAUAUUGGUAUUGAUCAAUAUAUACGUGAAGGCGUUUACGUCAUGUUGGGAGGACCGGCUUAUGAAACGGUAGCGGAACUGAGACUUUUGCGUAUGUUGGGCGUCGAUGCAGUCGGGAUGAGCACGGUUCCAGAGGUGAUGGUGGCGCGGCACUGCGGAAUGACUGUCUUUGCUUUCAGUCUUAUCACUAACGAAUGUAUCACAGACUAUGACGCACAAGGCGAAGCCAAUCACGAAGAGGUUAUCGAAACAGCUAACAAACGUCAAAAUGACUUGAAUCUUUUUGUUACACGCGUAGUCUCAUCCAUGGCUAAUGAAAUGCCACCCGUCAACGGGAAGAAUGGCUCGGUAGAUGAGAACUGAUAUUUUCCGACAUUCGAGUCGCAAAUUGCAGGCUGUCGUAGAAGAUUCAAUAUUAUUCUAUAUAUAUACAGUACAUACCCAAUUGCAACGCGACAUCAAAGCGAUUUUUUUUGGUGUAACAGUGCGGCAUUUUUUUUCUUUUUGUAAGACCUUUUUCAUGGUUAUCUAUGUUCAGAUGCUGAUAGCUCAUAAUCGUAUCUUCACGUCCAAUUUUGAACCCAAUAUUGAACUACGUAUAUUCUAGCCACACCUGUAUCUGUGCAAAAUUAAUAAGUUUAAUGUUUUUGGGAGAUGACCCACACCUUGAAUUGUUGUAAAUUCAUCGGUCGAACCUCCGAUGCUUUACUAUUCAUAAAUUAAAAAAAAAAAAAAAAAAAAUUGUCUCUUAAAACUUUUUCUCCAUAAGCAAGAUGAUAACUAUUUCUUUCGACGAACGUAAAAAAGAUUCAAAAUAAUUUUUCUUUUGUAGAUUCUAGAUAAAAAAUUUGAAAUUACGCAUAUGAAACAAAUAAACAACUUGGAAUAAUAAAUUGGAAUAAUAGUACUUCAUGAUUGGAAGGACUGACAAUGUA